AUGGCAGCCCCCAUGACGGUUGCUAUCGCCGCUGCAAGUGGGGAUUUAAGGGCUGUUGAGAGUUUGUUGAGACAGGGAGCUAAUGUCAAUGACCGGUCGAGAGAUGGCAUGACGCCGCUUGGUAUUGCUGCCUUCUGGGGUUAUGCUGAUAUAGCAGAACUGCUUCUUACCUAUGGAGCUGAUGUGAACUUAGCCAACAAGGGUACAUUGUGGACUCCCCUUCACUCAGCAGCAUUCCAAGGUCAUGGCAAGGUUAUUAUGAAGCUGAUGGAACACAGUCCAGAUCUCACAUUGAAAGACAAUCAAGGAAGGACGGCAGUUGACUUUGCAUCAGCAAUGGAUGGUAUUUGGCCGUUCUUUGCAGCUGCUCGUUGUAGAAGAACCACAAAGGCUCAGCUCAUUGACAUGGACAUUGUCAAGAAGGUUUCGUCAUCGGACCCGACCAUUCCGAAGUCAGACUUUGCUCACUUCUCCCGACCAGGAUCAGCCUAUGUAAUCAAACCACAACAGAUGCAAUACUCGGAUACCAGAAUGGCAACAGCGUCACAGACAGGUGACGUAUUAGCUGGGAUCUCAGAGGAGAGUGACACACGGCCACACCUACCAAUGUUCGGCAAUGUUUGGAACAACUGACUCUCUACCAAGCACUGCUGGGUUCCCGCAAUAGACAGACAUGUUACAGAAUGACUUCAGAACAAGAAGGUUCGAAGGCAGAAGGUGUUUAUCUUCAUUUUGAAGAAUGAUUUUAAGGCCAUUACCUUAACCAAAAAAAUUGAAAGGUUUUCUCUAACAGAAUAUGAUUUAUGUUUAAUAGCUUUAUGUUAGGAUAGGAAAGUAACUUACAUUCUGAAAUAUUAUAAAUAUUUGACAUUGUGCAAUUUUGUGAGAUGUUUGUAACUAAAUGUUAGAUUUGUUAGAUGUAUUGACAAUGAAUUUGAUUCCUGGUACUUAUACCAGUGUACAGAUUUCCAUUUACGUUGAGCUUUCUUUAGUAUUAACAACUGCGAUCAACCCUGUUGCUCCAGCAUUACCCAUGUCAUCAACAUUGCCUCAUUAGCUAUUAGUAAGGUAACAACUGUUUCCAUAUCUGAAGUCAGCUAAGAUGUCAUUACAAUUUCCAUUGCUCUGAUCUUUUGCCGUAAUUCAAUUUAUUUUUGCCAGCUUAUGACAUAGUGGGUGGAGUGCUCAGAACUUUGUUAAUGUCAUCGUUGAUAUCAGAUAACUUUCUAAUCGUUACUGCUCUGGAAGUUUAAUGGAUACACAUGUGAUCUGCUGUAUCCAACUGUUUCAGCUUUACUUGUUUAUAUAUAUAUCUAAAUAUGUAAGCACAUCAUCAAAUAUUUCAUGAUCAUCUGUUAAACACAAUGUCGUUUAUCAUGUUGUUAACUUUAACAAAGAUCUGAACAAUCGGCCCAAUGUCUUUGUCAUUUUAAAACACAUAUACACCAGUGCCUUACAUGAGUAGAUGGUGUGGCUAGUAUUAGAACUGUUACUUUUUCGAAAUUGUUUUUUAUGUUUUACAAGAAACUGGAUUGAUCACUGAAUUAUGUUAGGUAUACAUUUUUAUAUUUCCUAGUUUCUUUUUUGAUCAAGAGUACUUUUCAUGAACAGGAACUAAAGACAAUAUGUAAAAGUUACUGCACCCAGAAUCCAAGUUGUUGUAACCAUGCACAACUGCUUUAGUGCCAGUGUAGAUAGUAGAUAAUGUAAAUGUUUUACCAUGUUGUCAAGGACAAUAUUUGAUAACAAGUAUGCAUCAUGAAAUUAAUCUGCAUGCUAGUUACUAAAUGGUUAAGUUCCACUCCAAAGUUAAGUUAUCAUUCCAAAACAGGAAACAAUGGAAACUGUCUAUAUUCACUAUUAACAUUGUAUGAACUUGUAUUUUUUAUUGACAUAGAUCUGUGAUAGAAAGUGCGGUAUAUUUAUAAGUGUAAGAGUUACUUUGUGUUUGAUAUGCAAAAUGUUAAAAGGACUAUAUACCAGAUUGGCACCAGAAAGUUUUUUUCUGUAAUGAAUCUCAGUACAAAUAUUUAAUAAAAUGUUUUACUCUUUGAUAUCAUUUUUUUUUAUAUAAUUGUAAAAAAAAUUACCAAAAUAUAAACAAAAAUCGAGUCGGAGACACGUGAUAACAUCGACUAGCCAGUCACGCAUAAGAAUGUAUUCUACUAGGAAAACAUACCUAGUAAUCUUUUUAAAUGAAAAAAUGCGAAAAAUAAAUUAAUUGUAAACUAUGUGGUACUUCAGUUAGUUUCAAUGCAUUGUAUACAUCGUUUAUGUCAGUUUUCGACAAUUAUUUCCUUUUUUCCCGCUAUUGCAUCAUAUGGUGUAUAGCCCCAUUAAAUGAUAGUAUUCUAUGAUCAAACCCUGUUUUUUGUCAUGUUUUUAAUAUGGAGUAAGGAUGUGUUCAUUUAUAUGCAGUGUUGAACAACUAAAAUAUUGUACAGUAUUACUUGUGUACAUUGAAAUAAAAUGAAAGGAAAAUUGAUGGAGAAAAGAAAUUUUGUCUCGAUCAUUUGCAGUUUGCCAUUGAAAUGUGGUUCGUUUUCAUAUAAAUUCUCAGGAUUGCAAGUAUAUGAAUUUAAUGUAAGGGCUAUUCCAGUAAAACAUAUAACCCACCGGGGGAAGGCAGUUAUUUAAAUAGUUUAUGGAUGGGUGUCUUUUUUUUGCUACCGGUAAUUUGGACCCUGAAAGGAUAAAUUUGCUUCUGUACU